AUGGCACAGCCCGACCUGGCAAACCGUCCGCGGCUCGUGUACAAGGAGUCGCUCAUCCUCGGCGUUGGCAUCGGCCUCUUCGUACAAGAGAGCGUGGGCGCAGGAGAGACCGGGCCGCUGCCCGCCCUAGCGCAGCCGGUCGAGUUGCUCGCCGCCAGCGACGUCGAUGCUCCGUCCUGCGAGGUGCGCGAGUCGUUGAUUGCAGGCGUCGGACAGGCUCUCUUCGCCGUGGCCGCCCUCGUAGUCGGCGAUGUCGUAUCUGGCAAGAGAGUGCGCAAGGCCGCCGACGUCAAGAAGGCUGGAAAGCGCACCCUUGACGUCAAGCCAGAGGGACAUAAACCAACGCCGCGAGCCGCCAAGGCGGCCAAGAGGAAAGCACAACCAACGGUGCAGAUUGACUCGGAGCCAGCGGCCUCGGCGCCCGUCACGAUCAACGCGUCCGCCGCUCCUCCACCACAGCGACGUCUCUUGACACUGGACGACACCGAGCAGCGCCGCCGGCAUGGAACCCCGACGAUCGUCGUGCGUGAGAGCUUGAUUGCUGGCGUGGGCUGUGGCGCAUUUGCGGCCGACGACUUUGAAUUGGGCGACGUCCUCGGGGCUCUGGACGAGGCCGAGGAACCUCGGAACGAACCGUUCAACACCUUGUUUGCUACCGCCACCGCUCCAAGUGACGCCCAUGUGCUCGGCAACUGGACGCAGCUGACGUCAGCAUCCCAGAUGCAGGCGGCCUACCGCGCCAUGCGCCGGCGAUCGGACGUGCCCAACACCGGGUGGCUGCGCCUCACCAAGAAGCAGCUGCUGUGGCUUCUCGAAAACGAUGCUGACGACACGGUUUUAAACGUGCCGCUGUCGAUCAAGAGCCUCGCGCCGCGCGUCGAUAGCGAACGAGAUGUGUAA